AUGCUACCGCGGGUGAUGGAUCUGGCUGAGAACAGCAGCGAUCGUUCGACAAAGGUUGUGGCGUGUGAGCUGUUCCAUGCCAUCUGUCUGUUUCUCAUUGGCAUCAGUGCGAACAAAACGACCGAUCCGGCCUUGUACACUCCUUUAUACCAAAGGGUAUUCCCCGCCAUAUUCCGAUUGGCUGUUGAUAUGGAAAGCGUCGCGCGACAGCUGUUCGAACUUCUGGCCUUUCAGUUCAAAACGUAUUGUGAUAUAAAUGCAUUGGGAUCCGGUAGCACCACUGGAGAACUGAACAACGUAUUGGAUUUGGUUAAGUCUCGCAAAGCAAGAAUGACCGUAUUGUUAAGUGGUGAGACGGUGAGACACCAGGACAACGGAUGUAGCGAACCCGUACAAACAGAUUUAAGGUCUUAA